AAUCGUAAAAUGUAAAUAUUUAGUUUAGUCAAAGCUCAAAGUUAAAAAUUAAAUACCUAUGAAAUAAUUAAAAGCAAGAUAUAAGUUAAUCUAAAACCUUAUCAAUUAAUUAAUGUUAAAAUUUAGCAAACUUUUGUAUUAAGUUAUUCUUAACAUUUCUAUUGAAUGGGAUGUUUUAAUAUAAACGAGAAAAACUUGUUAUUAAAAGUUUAAAUAAUUCACAUUAUUUUAUCUAUUUAAUUUUCUAAUAUUAUGACACUUAAUCUCGAAAAAUGCCGUCUCUGCCUUAAACUUGGCAAUUUCUAUUCCAUCUUUACCAAAGAUAAUAAUCUGCAACUUGCUGAAAUGGUGAUGGAAUGUGCUCAAGUUCAGAUACACAUGGGUGAUGGAUUGCCUGAUAAGAUAUGCACAGAGUGCAUUCAGAAACUCAGCAGUGCAUACAUAUUCAAGCAACAGUGUGAAAGAUCUGAUCAAGAGUUAAGACGCCACUACGUGCAACAGCAGACUUGCAGUUCGUCAUCAACAAUAAAUAUCCAGAGCAGUGUUACAGAAACGAAUAACUCCUGCAACUACAAAUCAAUUACAUCUAUUAAUGAUAACAAUACUUUUUCCAUUCAGACUCAUAUCGAACAAGUAAAACAAAGUAACAUCUCUACCCUGUCAUCAAAAGUGUGCCUUCCCGAAACUAGUGCCAAAAGAGUAAUCAAGAAAUCUCCAGUUCUUCCCAAAACAAAGAAAAAACUUGCCAGUCAAAAUCAAAAAAAAGUUCUACCGAAAAAUGAACAUAAAAGAAUAAGCAAGAACAAAAAUGGUAGUAACAACUUGAAAGCACAGUCCUCCGUUGGCAGCAACAAAAUUAUUAAAGCGAAAAGCAUUGCUUUAGAUGUAUCUAAAUCAUCACCAAAUACUAAAAUUAUGCCGGAUAUUAGAGAUACAAAGUUCAAUCUAAAAUGUAAUAAGUGUGGAGAAACAUUCAAGUUGAAUAUUAUGCUAAAGCGACAUUUAAAAACUUGUAGCAAAUCCUCUCGCAAGUCAAUACAGGAAAUUACAGCAAGUCCGCAACAACUUGUCAAUUUCAGUUGUGAAAUAUGCACAGCAAAAUUUAGAACAAUGCAGAAUUUGCAAAAGCACAUGAAGGUAGUUCAUACAACAGUUCUUAAACAAGUGUCGUGUGAACCAAAAGUUGAAUCCAUAAAGAUUAACAUACCAUGCCUUUAUUGUAAUGUUUCAUUCAGCAGUUAUUCAGUUUAUUGCGCACAUUUCAAUUCUUGUUCUAAUAAAUAUGAUAUCUCCAUUUUUGUCUGUCCGAUAUGUCAUAGAAAACUAAUUGGAAAAAGUGCUUAUUUCAUUCAUAUCAAAAUGUUUCACUUUGAGCCACAAGAAGACAUAAAGCUUACUAUGGGUAUUAAACCAUCUACACAUAUGUGUUGCUUAUGCAAUAAGACAUUGCCAACGCCUGAGUUGCUUAGAAAACAUCUUGAAAGCCACAGCCCUAUUUCAAUUGAAUCAAGAGUUUCCAAUAAAUCGAGAGCGAGUAUGUCAAACAAAACAGCAGAUAUAAUUUCCGUCACCAACAAGCAUAAAUUGUCAUCGACCGAAGAAAAUUUUAACCUGGAGCAGCGACAUGAUCCAGGAAAACGGGCAAUAAUAUUAAAAUCUAUAGAUAUUACAUCUGAGAUAGUGCUGGAAACAUGAUAUAUUUUACAUUACAAUUUAAUUGUAGAUAUUAUAUAUUUUUAAUAAGACUGUCAUGAAUUCUAAAUUUACGAUAAUGUUGAUAUCAUAAUAAAUUUUAUUUAACCUACAACGCUUUAAACAUUGAAUUCCAUCAUUUUACUUAAAUAAAGUUAUGGAAAAUUUUUGCCCUACAAUCUAAGCGGGAAAUCAGUCCAGUGUAAAUUUUAUAUAAUACACAAUG